GCAUGCAAGAAGCAGAUCGCCGUCGUGCGCGCCAUAUGCUCGCAGAUCGCAAGUGGUGGGCUCGACAGCGCCAAGUCCGCCGAGGUGUACGAUGCGCAAGUUGCUUUCCUCCGCCUCCGGCCCGAGGUCGACGACAUCAUUCCGCGUCACUUGAAGCGGGCGCGUUUCUGCAUCCGAGUAGCUGCCGCCGCGGACCCGGACACGUUCUGGCCCCUCGUGGCGCCUGACACCCUUGUCCAGAAGGGGCACUACCUUGAGGAUUCAGCGCAGACAAAGGCAGGUGAGCUCAUCUCCGAGCGCAUCAUGAAGAUCUGCAUGGCGACGAACGCAGAGGCAACGUUGCAGACCUAUUUCCCAACAGAUUUCGAGAAGUUCAAGCUCACCGAGCGGUUCGCAGCCUUCACUGAUGACUUGGCAGCUCUGUGCACAGUGGUCAACUUCGCCGACGCGGAGUGCUGCGAUGAAGCUGCACAUGCGCUGUCCGUAGUCUUCGAGCGCAUCGCUUUCUGCCUGGAGUCGGCGCAUGGCCUCCUCGCCAUGCCUCGACCUACACCGAUCACGGACGUCGGCUUGGGCGAUCUGCAGGGUUUGGCCUUGGAGCUCGACAUCAUCUUCACAGAGGUGGGGGACUGCGUCCGGGCCAAGAAGGUGUUCGAGAUGACGGUCCGUUCGAAAUCCACCGCGUGUUUCGCCAUGCUCGACCAGCUCGCGCGCGUGGCGUUCGAGCCCAUCUGUCGUCGGGUUCUGGUCAACGACUCCUCUGAUUUUACCUCGGUGAUUGACCAGUGGGCUUCUAAGGCGUGGCCCGCGCUGAGCGACAUGUGGUAUCGCACCAGGCAGAGUGAUGCGACGCGUCGGUGGUUCAUGGAGUUUGCAGGUGAUACCGCCAUGCUCGACCUUGUCGACACCGCUGCCUCGUUUUGCACUGAUGUGCUGGCUGCGUUCGAUACCGUGAUGAGUGACAGUAUCUCAGAGGACGUGGCCGUUACCUUGCGCGGUUCGAUCACUUUGAUUCGCAAACGUGCAGUUGCCAUCAAGGAGGGCAUGCCGUCCCUCGCAUCUGACAUCGACACCUUCCUUGCCUCAUCCAAGUUGUUUGAUGACGCCGCGGUGGGCGGCAUGGUGUCCGCCGCGAUCGCUUCCAAGGUGGGCGGCGGGAGCAAUGAUGCCUUCGCCCAGUUUGCGCGCGCGGCCAUCGACUCUGGCAUCAUCGACGUGGUCGUGAGCGCUGAUAUGGGCAAGGCCGCCAUGGAUCAGGUCCUGAACUUCCGCCUCGCCACUGACGAGGAGGUAGUUGCAAUGCUUGACUUUGUGGAUCUUGUGCAGGACCCUGUUCUCAAGUUGGAAAUCUCGUGCAUCCAGGCGUGGGCCUCCUUCCGCGCGGCCGCGGCGCGGGUCCUCUCCCACUUGGCGCAGGACGAACUCGUGGACAAGGAUUGCUUCGCUGCUCUGUCCAGCCUGCGCGCGGAGCAGUCCGCGUUCCAGACGUUCAUCGAGGACGGGCACGCGGACAAGUUGUUCGUCUACGAUGCGAGCAGGAGCGCUUUCGCCUUCGCGUCUGCGAAGUUCGGCGAGAUGCCCGCCGCAGCUUCGACUGAACUACAGAGGUGCGGCGCCGACGUCGUCUCUCGUGCAGCUGCGGUGUACGCGAACAUCGUGACGUCAGAGGUCGAGGGCCUGAUCCAGUGGUGCGGUGACGACUGGCGACCGCAUAGCGGGGCCCUUCCCAACGACGCCAAACGCAUCCUCGGCAUGGUGAACAACCCUCACUACAAUAAUCUCGGCGCCCGGGCAAGCACGCUCACCGAGACAGUGAAGGGCAUCCGGUCGGUGAACGCCACGCUCGGCAAGUUCGGGCCCAUUGUCGAGGAGUCGACCUUGGUCGAGGCGGGCCGAACCACCACGUACGCCGUCCACACCGUGGUCAUGACUCGCGUGUUGUUCGGGAUGCGGGUAGAACUCAGACGCCCCCCCGCGCCCAAGCAGAGGGACAUGGCCGACAACCUUCUGUCGCUUGCCCGGGAGAAGAAGGUUGAUCCUGGCUCGGACGUGCGCGAGGCCUUCGUCAAGCACCUCGGCGGCGACGCCGCGCCUGCGCAAGAGGCCGCUGGCGCCGAGCGAGCUGCUGCGGAGCCGACGGGGGCGGCGGCCGCCGCGGAGGGCGCUGCCGCGGACGAGGAGGGCCAGCCCGCCGCCGCAGCCCCCGCGGCACCCGCUGCCCCUGGCCGCGCCGCUGGCGGGCCCCGCAAGCGGCGCAAG